AUGGACCAACAGCUUCACGCUGCAAAUGACUUUGCUCCUCACAUGGCACAGCCUUUGAUAAAUCUCCAGACCGCUGCGGGUUCAAGUUGGCACAACAUCACCGCCUGGGCCAUCAACGUGACGCGAAAUGCGGCGUUUCUUGAAGACUUCCUUUGGGUCGGUCCACGGAUUUUCAUGAGACUUGGAUCCUACAUAGCCUUGUCAGACACCACAGGUGGUUCGACGGGCCGACUGACAUCGCCAUCGGAUGGAGGCGUGUCCUCAGAGCUGCACUUGCAAAACUUGCUGGAACCUGAUAUUAGUGUCCCUUUGACAGCAAGGAUUGGUCCAUCCAUCGGAGAUGCAAAUGCAGAGACACAAGCUACACGACUGUCCCUUGAUGGCGCGCGGGGCUUGGGUAGCGUAUUUGGUUACGUUACCAGUAAGUGGGCAGUGUCAACUAUCGCCAUGGCUAUAAUCCUCAACCGUACACAUAUAUUUGCAGCGACCAGAAGGCGAUUGCGGUUCUACUGGCAUACUAGGCUACUUCUCAGGGUCCUGCCGAUCAUUCUUCUUGCUUCGCAAUCCCUCCACCUUCUCCGGUCCAUCCAAUGCCAGACGUCACCAAUAUUUAACCAACUUCGGUGGGGGGAUACAAACACGACGUCUGAUUUGGCAUUUGCACAUCCGAGUGCAUUCCUUAAUAAACUAAGCUCUGGCUUACUUCUCGGCGUCGGUGACAGAGAAUCAUGUGAGGCCGUUGGCAUGGUUCCCAAGGGCGGCGAAUUGGAUGCUCAAAAUCUUCGUGGGUCUUUGAAUCUACUAUGGCCUCUAUUUGGUGUGCUAUGUCUUAGUCACUUUAUCGAGACGCUAUCCUGUGCCGUCCAAGGCCGGCCGCUCUCAGUGGAAACCGGAAUGACGCUGUUUGAGCAAUCACUUGCCUUCGCAGAGGCAGAUGCGGCCGUCAAUAAUCAGCUUGGCUGGGCGUCCUUGCCUCGGAGCCAUCAGAAUUUGAACCCGCCGGUAUCUGGUUUAUCAGCAUCAAUUUCUCUGACGCGGUCUGCGGUUCUCAGCAAGGUUAACACGCCUCCCGAAGUCUUAUUUAUUGCAUUUCUGUCGUCCAUGACACAUCUAUCCAGUCAUAUUUUAGGAGUAUUUGAUGCCCAGUCAAAAUACAGACUCGUGAAUACAGGGUUUUGGGGCCUCUGUUUCAUGGGCACAAUCGUCUGGAGCGCUUUCGAAUUUGAACUGGGAAAUCCUUUGGCACAAAGCAUGUUAAGAUAUCCAACCGUGUGCAUCGUUGGAUUUGUUCCUCAUGUUCUAGUACUGUCUGGCAUUGCGGUCUGUUUGCUAAUAUACGGACUAGCCCUCAUCUUGUCUGUUCUAGCUCCGCCGUUGUCCACCAGUGAUAGUCCUUCAGCGACCCUUCGUCAAAGGCUAGCACAUGCUCAUGAAAACAUGCAAGCAAAUAUCUCUCUCUCAGAGAUUCGCAUAACGAGAGAGAUGGAUUUUUAUACAGCGCUUCUUCGAAUCGGGUUUGCUGCCAUCAGUAUGGCAAGUGAAGCUGUAUACCUCAAUGAAGACCGUGGUGUCACUCUACAACAUCGCACCUGGCUGGAAGAGGCGCGCUUCCGAGAGGUAGAGGAAAUACAAAGGCAAGCAAUUGGAAUUGGGAUGCCUUAUUCCCAGUAUGACCAGAUUGGCACUAUCGGGCUCGUCCCGGUAAAGGAUUGUACUAUGGCUGCGACAAGCGGUUAUGGCCGCGAACGUGCUGCUCAGAGAAUAUCCAGAGGGCGAAGUGACAGGACCAUCCGGACAGGCACAGGGGCGACUGAAAGAAGCUCAAGGUGGUUCAUGGCUGUGGAAUUUUUACUGAGCACAGGCAAGUUGAUGGUUCGCACAAGUGCCCUAGCGGCACUUUGGGGGUUAGGAAGGAUUCGAAUAAGGAGUCAACCGGCUUGGCUCCUUUGGCUGGCUAGACGCCAGAAGCUUAGUAUGGGUGACAAGGACAGGGUAUCCGGAAAGAAACAGGGCAUCACUUCGGGUGCUUCUGGACGUUCAGUCACCUGUCAAAGAUCAAUUCCUCGAAUAGAAGGCAUCGACGUCGAGACUGAAUUCAGGCGGGUCAAUGCUAGUCAGGAUGAAGACAGCCUUGAUGCAGACCUAUACAAGUAUUGGUUGACCGGGGGCUGGUGGGGUUCAAAUGACGAAAGUGGUGACUACAAGCCAGACGAUGAGGACAGCUGGGACACGACCUCCGCCAUAUCCGUCCCGACAACCACAGUCGACGAAAACGGAUCAGAUAACGGCUGGGAAUCGGAAGAAGAUAACCCAGAAGCACCCUCAGGGCUAUCACUGACUCGAAGCUGGGAAACUACGCCGCCUGCAGAUACAAUCUUUGACACAAAUAAUCUAGCACGACUCCUAAACCCGGAGACCGCAGAAGAACGAGAAGAAGCCCACAUCCUCUCUGCACACCUGAAGUACGAUACAGUAAUGACGAGGUCAAGCUUUAGGCGGCAGAAGCAUCUUCGACGGAGUCGUGUUCUUCUACGGCCCGGCAUGACUGUCACCGAAGGUUACAAAUCUUCAGAUAGUCGCAACGUGAAGUUGAGCCACGAAGAUGAGGAACAUCUCUUGGAGCAAAUUCUCCUCUCACAUCGCAGUCAGAGCGAGCUUCACUCCCGCGACACUGACACAAUUCAGCGUACGGAUUCGACUACCGAGGAAGCAGCAAACCUGCCGUGUGUUGUUUGCCAGAGUUCCGUACGAACAAUCAUCGUUUGGCCUUGUCGCUGCUUUAGUCUCUGUGACGACUGUCGUGUGUCACUGGCAAUGAACAACUUUGAUAAAUGCGUAUGCUGCCGAAGAGAUGUGCUGAGCUUCAGCCGAAUUUUCGUACCGUAG